GUGGGGUGCCAGGGUUCCCCCUAAAUGGUCUUGGGGGGGGAUCCGCCUCUUGCGCUAGGAAGCGCACGUUAAAUAGUCCCGUCCAUUCAGCGCUUCCGGCCAACUUGCCGCAAAGUUUUCUAGAGAAGUCAUUGGUUUCCAACCCGGGGCUCUUGCGAGCUCUUAGGGCUGGUCAUUGUCGUCUCGGCUUGGGCUCGUUAUAUCAUCUCUUGAUCACUGUACCUGAUUGUGGCAUUGUCCAGGCAUUAAAUUGUGUGCCUUUGUUCCUGGGAGAAAGUUGAUACUAGCAAGUCCUCAUUCUUCCUGGCUUCUGGACUCAUCUGAGAAUUCUGGAUUCCUUCUUUCUCAUAUGUCAACCUGAGCCUUCUGUCAUCGAAAGACCUCCGACCUGACCUUUCAUUCAAGCUUCCAUCUUUCCCAAGGGAAGCAUCCAGUAGUCGCUAAUAUCAGUUCAUGCUUGAUGGUGUUUUAUGCUUCUGGCUCCCGUGAGUGACCUGUAAUCAGGUGAAUUGAUUUGAGAAAAAUCCUGGUUAUUUUGAAGAUGUUGCAGCUCAGUAUUUUGUGUUUAAAUCACAAAUAACUUCACAAGUUUUCAGAACAAAAGAAACUGGAUUUUUUUUUUUUAAAUUAAAUCAUGCCAUUUGAACAGACACAGCUAUUUUGUGAUGAAAAACCAACUAUUUUGAAAAAACUUGAUACAAGAAAUGAGAUACCAGAUAGUAUCGGAUCAAUACCUACAACAAUAAUUUCAGAAAGUAGUUUUCAUUAUGUACUAAAAGAUGUGAACAUCUGUUUACCCAAGAUAAAUAUUCCAAAUGAAAUCUUAAUGAAACAUGAAGUUGAAAAAUACAGACUAUUAUUUCAGAGUAAACCACAGACUGCAAGGAAGUCUAUCAGUGUAAAAACAGUAAGCUGUGCUGAGGAGUGUGUACUGCUUUGUAAAUCUGAGCGAGCUGAAGAUGAGACUGUAAAUAUGUCUGCAAAAAUACUCAACUUUAGUUGUUCAAAAUGCCAAGACAGUACACAGUAUAGUCCAAAUGAUUUGCAGAAACACUUUGAAAUGUGGCAUCAUGGCGAGUUACCUUCAUUUCCUUGUGAAAUGUGUAGUUUUUCAGCAAGUGACUUCCAGAUAUUUAAACAACACCGAAAAACCCAUAGGAACACUUUUGUAAAAUGUGAUAUUUGUAACAGUGAGCGUUCAUAUACUUUACUGGACUUGACAAAACACUUCACAUCUAAACAUUGUGUUAAUGGUAAUUUUCAGUGUGAAGAGUGUAGAUUCUUUACCCAGGAUGUCGGCACAUUUGUUCAGCACAUUCAUAGACAUAAAGAAGUGCAUUAUAAAUGUGGAAAAUGCCAUCACCUGUGUUUUACCAAGGGAGAGCUGCAGAAGCACCUUCGUGUCCACUCUGGUACUCUUCCCUUUACUUGUCACUACUGUAGCUAUGGUGCCAUUCAUAAAGACCAACUUAUCAGACAUGUUAUAACCUUGCAUAAAGAACACUUAUAUGCGAAAGAAAAACUGGAAAGAGACCAAUAUGAUAAAAGAGUGGCAAAGACUACAACAGGACUUAAACUAAUACUUAAAAGAUAUAAAAUAGGUCCAACAAAGACAUUUUGGAAACGUAAGACAAUUACCAGUGGAAACGAUGAAAGUAUAGGAAAAAAUGCUCAAGCGUUUAAUAUCGUGAGCAAAACACAGACUAAAUCUGAAGACCAGAGUCAAGAGCAAGUAAAUGAAGAAAAUGGUGAAAAACAGCACUGUGAGAAUGGUGAUAAACCCGUAGAAUCAGAGUCAGAAAAGGCAACUGUGCUAUCCACCAGGCAAUAUAAUAAAGCUGCUGAGGGAGCAAGUACUACUUCAAGUGUCUUAAGUGCUGUACAAGGACCUACGGUGUUACUGGUGAGAAAUAAUAAGAUAACAAUUCCUGCUAACUACAGUGCUAAGUUUAUGGGCUUCAAGAUGGUAGAUGGGAGACAGCAUAUCGUAAUAAAAUUGUUGCCUGCCAAUAAACAGAUUUUAUCUUCACCAGUCUUACAAUCAAACACAGAAAAGGAUAGUACAGCUAAUUUGUCACCCCAGGCUGUGGACAACACUGGAUUUGCAACUGGAUUAACAACCAAAGUGAAUGACACAGAUUUUGUGAAAGCAGCUCCACCUGCAUGUUCAUCCCCUGUGCUUGCCAGGAAAGUAAUUUCUGAAAAGGAAGCAGCUUUCAUAUCUGAAAAGAAUAAUACGCUUCAGAUGGUAGAUGACAGUAAAAGUUUAUCUUCAUUGCCAACAGCAUCAACUACAUCAGUGCGUUUGACUACAAAAGUUGAAGCAAGCGAUAAUGUUGACUUGUGGGAAAAUCAUAGCACUCAGAGUCAUCCAGACGCAUUAGAUACCUCCAUCAAUAGUCCAGAUAAAGUCAACUUUACUACUAAGCCAAAUGCAUACAGUUCUGGAGAUAUGCAUAACUAUUGCAUUAAUUAUGCCAACUCUGAGUUACCUGCUGAAUCCUCCAACUCUUUUGAGUUCUCUAACCAAGGAUCAUUACCUUUUCAUAAUUACUCAAAGGUAAAUAAUAAACGCCGUAGGUUUUCAAGAGCAACACUGUGUGAAAACCUUCAGAAGGAAUCUCCAAAUAAAACAGUUACUCAACAAUCAGCUAGUGAUAGCGAUACAGCUUCACCACUACUGAGAAAGGAGAGCUCUAACUCAGAUAACCUGUUAGCAUCCAUCAGCCCUUUAAAUGGAACUUUAAAAAUAAAAACUGAAAUUGAAGAACCAUGCAAUUUAGAAGAAACACGAAACUUUAAUGAACAGAGCCUCUUCACUAAUGAAAACCAAAAUUUAUUGAGUGUGACUGAAGAACCUAAAUGGAAUGACAUUCCCAGUGCCGGCUCCCCUAUGAUGCCUCGAAUUACAUCUGUUUUCUCUCUCCAGAGUGAACAGGCUUCAGAAUUUUUGCCACCUGAAGUAAACCAGUUGCUUCAAGAUACAUUAAAACCAAAAUCUGAUAAAAAGGAAAAUAACAUUCCAAGUAAAAACCUUCCAUUUGAUUGUGACCAAACACUUAAAAAGUCUGAAGAGGUAGUGAUAAAAUCUUCAAAAGACUUCCAAAUACAAGACAGCAUCCCAGUUCCUUCUGCCAGUGUAGGUGUUAAUGGGCCUGCAAAUGAUCUGAAUUCAAAAUGUAAUGGACAAGAAAAACAAGAAUUGUCAGUAUUACAAGAUGUGAGAGAUUCAGAGGCAACCACUAAAAUUCCAAAUAUCAUCACAUUACUUAAGACUCAAUCAGAUGCAAUAAUAACACAACAACUUGUAAAAGACAAACUCCGAACCACAACACAAAAUUCAGGGCCUGUAUAUGUUCAGAAUCCAUUUCUAACCUCAGAACAGAAAAAUCCUGUUUUUGUUCAAACUCCAAAAGGUUUUAUUAUACCACUGCAUGUUGCUAACAAGCCUGGAUUGCAUGUUUUUUCUGGAAGACCAGUUCCUUUGGUUAAUACACAGAGUGUGCCUGCUACUCUCCUUGUAAACAAGAAACCUGGAAUGGUUUUGGCAGUUAAUAAUGGGAAACCUGAAGGUGUUCCCAUGGUGAAGACUGAGAAUGUUCAUAGUUACGGAACUGUGACUAAGGAACCUUGCAGAACACCUUUUCUGAAGGCAGAACACAACAACAGUUGUCUUACACCUGGACUUUGUUCCAGUAUUGGCAAUUGUGUGAACAUGAAAACUUGCUCAGAGAAUACAUUGCCAUUGAAAGGUUCUUACAUUAUUAAAACAUCAGUAAGUUCUUCAGUGAAAGCUGUUCCUUUUGCUAACAUUCUACCUGAGCAGCAGGGACCUAAGAUGAAUAUCUCAGAUACAGUAAAGCAACAGAAUGAAAAUUUACCAAAAGCAUCUCUCUACACCCUCAUGCCUGAUGGUAAACAAGCUGUAUUUUUUAAGUGUAUGAUGCCAAAUAACACUAAACUGCUUAAGCCUAAGUUAGUCCAAAGUAGUACCUACCAACAUAUUCAGCCAAAGAGACCUGCAGGAGCACCACAGAAAAUACUCGUAAAGAUUUUUAAUCCUGUUUUAAGUAUGAGUGCUUUUAAUAAUCUUUCAGCUAGCAACUCUGCAUCCUCAUUCCAGAAAGAGACUGUACCAUCUAAACCAACUGUACAUGGAGAGCAGAAAGAGCGAGAAACUUCUAGAGAUGCCUUACCAGUCUUAGUGCAUGAUUUGAUGCCAGCAAAUGAAACUGUUCUUUCUUCUACUACAGCAUGCCCAGGUUCUUCUGAGGAACCAGUAUUUAUCAGUGAGCGUUCAGAAACAAGAGUGUUAAGAGGUAAAGCAAAUUGUGCAGUUGAGAGAAAUUUCAAUAAAAGAAAGACUUGUAAAAAUAAGUUUGCAAAAAUUAAAACUCGGAUAGAUCAAGAUUCUGAAACUGCCUUUGUAGCUAGAAACAGAAGCUGUAAACGAAAGAACAUUGAUAAUUACCAAGAACCUCCAAGGAAAAAGUCAACAUUGAAUAGAAAGGGUAAAGAAAGGGCUAAUGCUGAAGAUGUCCAGGAAGCAUUUGGAUUGAGUAGGCCUAGGCUUCCAAAGGAUUCUAGUAGAACUUUGAGACUUUUCCCUUUUAGUUCCAAACAGCUUGUGAAAUGUCCUAGGAGAAACCAACCAGUUGUGGUCUUGAACCAUCCUGAUGCAGAUGCCCCAGAAGUAGAACGUGUAAUGAAGACUAUCGCAAAGUUUAAUGGGCAUGUACUAAAGGUUUCAUUGUCACAAACAACUAUUAAUGCUUUACUGAAACCAGUUUCUAACACUUCUGAAACAACUUACAAUGACUUUUCCAAGAGACAAAAAAUGCUUAAACCUGUUAAUUCUGUGAAAGAAAGAUUUGUGCUAAAACUAACACUCAAAAAGACAAGCAAAAAUAAUUACCAGAUUGUAAAAACUACCUCCGAAGAUGUCUUGAAAUCUAAGUUUAACUGCUGGUUCUGUGGUAGAGUUUUUGACAAUCAAGAUGUGUGGGCUGGCCAUGGACAGAGACAUUUAGUGGAAGCUACUCGGGAUUGGAAUAUGUUAGAAUAAUGUAUUGAUUACCAAGGAAAAGAGAGCUCAGAAGGAAAAAAUGGGUUGGUAUAAUUCAGGCAUUUUCUACAUUGGUAUAGUUUUGAACAUUUCUAAGAGUUGGUUAUAUUUCUGUGGAAGAACAAAAGCUUUAUGUGUGGUACUUGGAAAUACCAUAGUUAACAUACGCUUUGAAAGAAAGUAAUUAGCACAGACCUUGAUUUAGUUGUGUAAAGAUGCAUCUGUGGGACAGAAGGGUAAGGAAAUUUUUGACAAAAGAGUUUUCCCAAUUGAAUUUAGAGACUGAGAAGAAGAUCAUAGUGGACAGCCCCUUCUUCUCCCACCAGCCUUAGAGAGCUGACAAGAGUUUCUCUGGAGGUGGAGAACCUUCUCACAAAUGGUUUCCUACUGCAUAUAAAUUUGGACUGAGCUUAGAUAAAGUUACUUUCUGUCAUAGUUCAUUUGAAAGGUAUUUAUGUUCUUUGAAGCUACAUCUUGCUGAACUGUAGUUAAACUUGAAAUAAUGCUAGAAGAGUUUGGGGCAAGUAAAUCCUGUUGCUGUUGCUCUGCCCUGUAUCAAAUUGGGAUGCCCUCUCAAGUUGAUUGUCUUUCCCUGUGGCUGUCUUCGAUCACUGCAGUAAAUGGGGCAAUCUCCAGAGGAGAAACAAACUUUUUCUAAAAAUCCACUUGAACUUCACAUUUUCUUGAAUUUGGUCCUAUUUUCCAAUGAUCCCUUUGCACGGAACUAUGCUUAUCUGAUUGGAAGUGUCCAUAACCAAAUGACUUUUUUAUCUCCCUUGGUUGGCAUCCCCUCAAAAUGAACAGAAAGAACAUAGAAGCACUUCAAAGGGAAUGCUUUUCUUGAAAAUUAAAACUAUUUUUACAGAGAUAAUAUUUUGAAGCAAGGUUAACAAAGCAGAUUAUAUUUUUGCUUGUGUUUAAUUACUGUUCUUACCUAAACAUGUCCACAUUAGGAUAGACCAUUUUCAGGAUGACCAACAACCCAAAAUAGUGUUAAUAGUUGGCAUUUGAAAACAGAGAAGCAAGCAUUAACGAUGGACUCAGUAGCAGUUCAUAAAACUUGAAAAAUUCCUAAGAGACAUGCCCAACAAUUUCAAAAUGGAUAUUUUCAUAACAAUCCAUUUACCAUAUACAUUUGCAUCAAUUUUUUGUCUUAUUGGAUAAUGAAGUUAUAUUAGAAGAUGAUACUCUGUAUUUUUUGUUUUGUUGUUAUUAUACAUGUUAAUGACAUUUUCAUUGAUUAGAUCAAUUUCAGGGCUUUUUUGUAUAUAACAAAAAUGUACAUAUUUUUGUAUUGGUUAUGUAAAUUUGCACAAGAAGUUUAUGACACAAAAAGUAUUUUCUUUUUAGUUCUCUGCAUGCAUUAAUAAAAGUGGGUGAUUUAAAAAAAAAAAAAACUGUACCCAUGUUAUUUUAUUGGUUUUUAUUUCUGACCUGUUUUGUUUGUUUUUUGUUUUGGUUGGGGACAUACUUUUUUUUUUUCAGGGAUUAAAAACACUAUUAUUAGCAAGUGCCUAAAAAUGAUGUGAACCGUUUACACAUGCCAACUGUAACAGUAGGUCCUAAAUGGAUCCAUUCCCCUAAUAGUUUUGAUUUAAACAAAGCCAUAAAUAGAUGCUUCAAGCUAUAUUGCUAUGCACAUUAUACUUGUACUGUUUUUGUGCAGUUUAUCUACUUUCUUAGUGGAAUAUUUUUUGUAUAAAACUUGUUUUAAUUGUGUUUCUUGAAUUGAGUCUGGGUGGAAUUGAUUGAAAAUGCACAGUAUAUAUUGAUAAUGUACAUGAUGUUUAAAGAACGGUAAGCAUUAAUUUCCUUGUUCAUUGUUAAUGAAAGUUUUCUUCAAUUAAACUUAAGCUUGUGUUUA